UGUAGAUUGGUCACAGAGCCAUCUGUGUAUAAAAUAGAAACGCGUUCGUUUUUUCUUCAAGCUCCCUUGGCAAAGUUAUAUCAGUACGAGCAUAAGUUGAUAUGAUAAAGCCAUAAUCACGAUAUACGACUACCCAACCAGCGCUUGGCUUACACUUGCACACAUCGUCUCUUUUAGAUCAACUAAAAUCAUCCACAAUACAAUCAUUCUACCAUGGCUCCUCGGGUGAUGUGGAUUGGAUUGGGCAACAUCGGGCGUGGUGCUUGCAAACGUCUCGUUGAAAAUGGGCCCCUAGACAAGCCUCUCAUCGUCUACAACAGAACUACCUCGCGAGCCGAAGAACUUGCAACCAAACUUCCCGCAGGCAGGGUUCAAGUGACAGAGUCGCUACUCGAAGGAGUAGCCCAAGCAGACAUCAUCUUCUCAUGCGUGAACAACGACGCCACCGUCGAGCAAACCUACCACACCAUCGCCGAAGCGGGCAAUAUCAAGGGCAAGUUAUUCGUUGGCUUCGAAACAAUCCAUCCAGACACGGCAAACAAAGUAUCCGACUUCAUCACCGCCGCAGGCGCUUCCUUCGCCUCCAGCCCCGUGUUCGGGCCCCCGGCCGCGGCAGAAGCAGGACAGCUCCUCGCCAUCCCAGCCGGCCCCAAAGCCGCCAUCGAUAGCCUCCGACCGUACCUAACGGGUGUCAUCUCUCGCGGUGAGAUCGCCUUCGAGGAUCGGCCCUGCGGCACAGCGCUCAAGAUGAAGAUCGUCGGCAACACAUGCGUGCUCAACUUAGCAUGCCAGCUUGCCGAACUGUUUACUCUUGCUGAAAAGACCGAGGUUGGUACUGAGGCCGCGAAAAAAUUUGUCGAUCUCCUUUUUGGGGGCGUCUAUAGCGGGUAUGCCGAGCGCAUGCUCAGCGGGACGUACUGGAAGGAGCCGCCGUUGGGGGCGGCUAAUCUGGGGCUCAAGGAUGCGACGCAUGCGUUGCAUCUGGCCGAGGCGAGUGGCGUGCAGAUUCAGAAUGUGAAGACGUUUCAGGGGUAUCUUCAGAAGGUUGUGAAGCAUAUGGGUGAUAAGGGGGAUAUAGCGGGUAUGUAUGGGGUUGUACGGGAGAAUUCGGGGUUGAAGUUUGAGAACGAAGUAUGAAAAUCUCGGUCUUUAUCGAAGGGAUUUUAAUUGUUCCUCAUCUCAUGUCUCUGUGUUAAAAAAGACUUUAUAGAAGUCGGGGUUUGUCAAGGUGUCUCUGUUCGCGAAUUGCCAGUAUUACAGGAGUCUCCAUCGAUUUUAUUGCAUAAUAGUUACUGAAUGAUGCCCGCUUAAUAGUACUGCUUCGUCUAGUAGUUGUAGUAGUCACUUCAUUCCUCAAUC